AGCUGAGCCGGGUACCCGCUCGCCGUCGCGCCGGCUUCUUCGCCGCCCUCGCUCGGGUCAUGGGGCUCCCCCGCGGGCCUCCCGCGUCCCUCUGCCUCCACAUCCUCCUCCAGGCGCUCGUUUGCUGCCGGCCGUGCGCCGCCUCGGAGCCGUGCGGGGCGCGCUUCGGGGAGGCUGAACUGACCUUGGAGGCGGGGGGCGCGGAGCUGGAGCCGGGCCCGGCGCUCGGGAAAGUAUUGUUCAUGGAUUGCCCUGGACAAGAGGCCGCCCUGCAGGGAGCCAAGGACCACUUCCCUGUGCUGAGCGACGGAACAGUACAGGAAAGAAAGGCUUUGGCAAUCUCUCCAUUCAAACGUAUCUUACGAAGACGCAAGAGAGAAUGGGUGGUACCGCCAAUAUCUGUCCCUGAAAAUGGCAAGGGCCCCUUCCCUCAGAAGCUGAAUCAGCUGAAAUCUAACAAGGACAGAGGUACCAAGAUUUUCUACAGCAUCACGGGGCCUGGGGCAGACAGCCCCCCUGAGGGGGUCUUCACUAUAGAGAAGGAAACAGGCUGGUUGUUGUUGAAUAAGCCCCUGGACCGGGAGCAGAUUGCCAAGUAUGAGCUCUAUGGCCACGCCGUGUCAGAGAAUGGGGCCUCUGUGGAAGAGCCCAUGAACAUCUCCAUCAUUGUGACAGACCAGAAUGACCAUAAGCCCAAGUUCACCCAGGACGUCUUCAGAGGGAGUGUCCUGGAGGGCGUAUUACCUGGCACUUCUGUGAUGCAGGUGACAGCCACGGAUGAGGACGAUGCUGUCAACACCUACAACGGGGUGGUUGCUUACUCCAUCCACAGUCAGGAGCCGAAGGAACCGCACGACCUCAUGUUCACAGUUCAUCGGAGCACAGGCACCAUCAGUGUCAUCUCCAGCGGCCUCGACCGAGAGAGAGUCCCUGAGUACACGCUGACCGUCCAGGCUACAGACAUGGACGGGGACGGCUCCACCACCACAGCAGUGGCCAUCGUGGAAAUCCUCGAUGCCAACGACAAUGCUCCUGUGUUUGACCCCCAGAAGUAUGAGGCCCAUGUGCCUGAGAAUGAGGUGGGCCAUGAGGUGCAGAGGCUGACGGUGACCGACCUGGAUGUGUCCGACUCACCGGCCUGGCGCGCCACCUACCGCAUUGUGGGAGGCGACAACGAGGACCGUUUUGCCAUCAGCACCCACCCUGAGAGCAACCAGGGUGUCCUGACAACCAGGAAGGGUUUGGACUUUGAGGCCCAGAACCAGUAUACCUUAUACAUUGAAGUGACCAAUGAGGUUCCCUUCGUGGUGAAGCUCCCAACCUCCACGGCCACCGUCGUGGUCCUAGUGGACGAUGUCAACGAGGCGCCCGAGUUUGUCCCACCCUACAAAGCCUUCGAGGUCCAGGAGGGACUCUCCGUGGGGACGUCCGUCUGCACCUACACCGCGCAGGACCCUGAUGAGGGCACGCAGAAGAUCAGUUACCACAUCCUGAGAGACCCAGCAGGAUGGCUAGAGAUGGACCCAGACAGUGGGCAGGUCACCGCAGCUGGUGUCUUAGACCGUGAGGAUGAGCGGUUUGUGAGGAAUAAUGUCUAUGAAGUUGUGGUCUUGGCCACGGAUGAUGGGAGCCCUCCCACCACUGGCACGGGCACCCUCCUGCUAACACUUAUCGACAUCAACGACCACGGCCCGGUGCCCGAGCCCCUUCAGAUCACCAUCUGCAACCAAAACCCUGUGCUCCAAGUGCUGAACAUCACGGACAAGGACCUAUCACCGCACACCUCCCCUUUCCAGGCCCGGCUCACACAUGACUCCGACAUCUACUGGACAGCAGAGGUCAGCGAGAAAGGCGACUCUGUGGCCUUGUCCCUGAAGAAGUUCCUGAAGCAAGGCCCAUAUGACGUGCAUCUGUCUCUGUUGGACCAUGGCAGCAGGGAGCAGCUGACGGUGAUCAGGGCCACUGUGUGCGACUGCCACGGCCAUGUGAAGACCUGCCCCGACCGUUGGAAGGGGGGCUUCCUCCUGCCUGUGCUGGGGGCUGUCCUGGCUCUGCUGCUCCUCCUGCUGGUGCUGCUCUUCCUGGUGAGAAAGAAACGGAAGGUCAAGGAACCGCUUCUGCUCCCAGAAGAUGACACGCGGGACAACGUCUUCUACUAUGGCGAAGAGGGAGGAGGCGAGGAGGACCAGGACUAUGACAUCACCCAGCUCCACCGUGGCCUGGAGGCCCGGCCUGAGGUGAUCCUGCGCAAUGACGUGGCGCCCACCUUCAUCCCCACGCCCGUAUACCGCCCGCGCCCCGCCAACCCAGACGAGAUCGGGAACUUCAUCAUUGAGAACCUGAAGGCGGCGAACACAGACCCCACUGCCCCCCCUUACGACUCCCUGUUGGUGUUUGACUAUGAGGGCAGUGGCUCGGACGCCGCCUCCCUGAGCUCCCUCACCUCCUCGGACCAGGACCAGGACCAGGACUAUGACUACCUGAGCGAGUGGGGCAGCCGCUUCAAGAAGCUGGCCGACAUGUAUGGCGGCGGCGAGGAUGACUAGGCCUCCCGUCAGCAGGGCCAGGAACCGGACGUCAGGCCACGGCCACAGCUCCCAGGUGUCCCAGUCCCACCUCAGCCAAGGACUUUGGAGCUGGUCGAGAGCGGCUAUAGCAGCUCGGAGGGGAGAGACCUGAGUCCGACAUUGAGGGGUUGGUUUCUGAGCCUUUGGGAACAGAGCCACGUGGGCAGUUUGCUUUCAACACUAAAAACCUCUCAGCUCAAGCCGGGGUUGCCCCGGAAGCCGAAUUUCUGAAACUCUCAUCUGCCAUAGAAUGUGCUGCGCCGUCUCCUGGGCCCAGACUGAUUUUGACCCUCCUCGUGGUGACAUUCUUCUGGAAUGGACCCUUCUCCUUAGAAAAAGGUCUUGUUGUAACCUGGUUUUUUUGGUUUUUUUUUUUUUUUUUGUUUUUUUUAAUUUUUAAAAAGUUAGAGGCAGGUCCUCAGCCAUCCCCUGGAGUCCUCUGGAAGCCCAGCCUGGACCUGCUGUGUGUGGAGCCCUCGCCACUCAUCCCCAGGCCCGAGGCCUCAUGUUCAAAUGGGUUACAGCGUUUUUAUACUAAGUGUGUCUAGUUUGUUCUUUUUUAUUUUCCCUUUCAAGUGUAGAUGAAGAGUGAUGACAAUCGUGUAAAUGUGCUAGAACCUUUUUUAUUAAAGGAACUUUUCCCAGAGGUGCCAGGGAGUGACCUUUUUGACACAACUCACUGUAUCACACAGCCAUUUCAGGUGUACACUCAGUGGAUUUUAGGGUUUUCAGCUGGACUGGGGGCGUGAGCGCCUUUGCCCUGCCAGCCUCCCCCCAGCUUUCUCCCAGUGGUAGAGGAAGCUCAGGAUUCAUUUACGACCCAGGUCGGGGCAAACCAUCUGCCUCCCCCACAAAUUCCCAACUGCUCUUCUGUGUGUGAAGACCGUUAGCCUCCACCCAGGGCCUGAGCCCUCCCCCACGCCCCAGAGCUACCGGCGACAUCUUUUCUGGAAGGGUGACCGCUGUCGUGGGUGUGGUACUGGAGAGUUCGAGUCUGUGGGCACAAUGUCGAGAGGCAGGGGUAGGGGCUCCGACUCUGCUAUUUCCCAGCAAGUCUCUUAACCUCUGCGCUGGCUUCAGUUUUCCAUGUAUUAAAUGGGAGCUUCUCUGGAGACCGAAUGACACCUUACAUGGUAAGUGCCAUUCGUGUUCAUUGGUAGCAGUUACCAUUUAUUCAGGCCUUUGAGGGCCAGAUCGCUCUUAACUUGAAUGAUUUGCAAUCACACUGUGAAGGGAUUUUCCAACUUUAAAGAAUGGCCUCUUUGUAUUUUUUUUUUUAAAAUGACACCCGAUGGGCAUCAGAAUCAAGCCAGACAGAAAAUUAGAGAACUCGCCCAGGAUGCUGGUGAAACCGGAACAUUCCUAACAGCCCUGGGGCCUGAUGUAGGAGUAAGGGCAAAGAGGCAGCAGGGAGAAAACUAUUUCAUUUUUGCCUUUGCUAGAGUGAUGUUUCAAUUUCUCUUGACAAUGAACCAAAAGAAGGGACUCUGAAGUGAAGCCAAAGGGAUUGCUGAAGCUGAACUAAAUGUCCUUCCUGUAAGAGUGAGUCUUUCGAGCAGAGGUAGGCAGAGGGCCGCCCCGGCCCCCAGCAUCAGCCUCCCUGGCUGCACCAGAGACUGCAGGCAGGACCCGGCAGUGUGUGAGCCUCCCGGACAUCCAUGCACAUGCGCGUGUGAGACCGAGGCGCUCAGGAAGGACUGCAGGUGUCCUGACACCUCGGGGCCCAGAUGGAGAAAUCAAGAGAUGCAAGUAGGGUGAGACACCUCCCCUGUCUUUGGUCUGCAGCACCUGAGCCCACGGUCCAGGCCACCUCCCGCCUCUCACUCUGCGUCUCAGAUGCCUCCACCAGAGCCCUGCUCCUCUUGCUGGCGAGGUGGAGGAUUACAGGUACUGGAGCCAGCAAACCCCUGCUGCCCCUCAUCGCCAGCUCCCCUCUGUGGACCUGAAGCAAGCCUGAAGCCCUGCCUGUGCAACUGAGACUCGUAAUAAAACCAAAUAGCCACUCGCAAGGGGUUAAGCACAGCACUAUGAAGCUAUCCACAGCCUCUGCAACACGAGUUCAAUCCCCAGCCAGGGAGACGACCCACAUGGUGCAGUAGACCUCUUCUGUCUUGCCCGCUGCUCCCUUCAGCAGUCAGUCUGUCUGUUCUGUUCCCCACUCUGUCUCUGGUGAAUCCUGUCACCCCCCACCCGCCGCACCUCUGGCCUGUACCCCAGUUCUUGUAUGCAUAA